GCCCUCGUCAACACAAGCCACAGUCACAGCACGGACACAACACUGAGCAACUACACGCCCUACGGUCCGGGCCUUCCCCUAUGCUGCCUCGGAGGUUGGGCCAGCGCCUAUGCUUCGCCUGUGCCAAUCCCGCCGCCGCCGCGACACCUUCCUCCGCUCCGCCCCGCCGGCGCCUGCGCCUCCUGCCUCACGGGGGCCAUGCCAGCCCCAUCGGCUUCUCGGCGACGGCGAUGUGCGCCGCCGGCUCCCUGCCCGCCGGCCCUGUUCCGCAGGACGACGGCGCAGUGUCAGGAUAUCGUCUCCCUCCAAAGGAAAUCCAGGAAAUUGUGGAUGUGCCACCGAACCCCAGUUACCAUCUCUCCCCUCGGCGAGAUAGGAUCAUGUUCCUGAAACGUAGAGCUAUGCCUCCAUUGUCCGAGCUCGCAAAACCCGAUAAAGUACUUGCUGGCAUACGGAUCGAUCCCGGUUCUAACAUGAGGAGUCGGAUGUCCUUUUAUACUGGGGUUAGUAUCCAUUUGCUGAUGGAUGAUGGAAGUUUGGGUCCAGAGAAAGUGGUCCAUGGAUAUACAGAUGGUUCAAAGAUUAAUUUCGUGACAUGGUCACCAGAUGGUCAGAACGUGGCCUUCACUGUGCGUUAUGAAGAUGAGGCGGGCAGUGACAGCAAUUUAGUAUUGUGGGUUGCUAAUGCAGAAUCUGGAGAAGCUCGGCCACUUUUCAAACAAACAGACAUAAGAUUGAAUGCUAUUUUUGAGCUAUUUGUGUGGGUGGAUCAUUCUACCCUGUUGGUUUGCACCAUUCCGUCAUCACGUGGUGAUCCUCCAAAGAAGCCAUUGGUUCCUUUUGGUCCAAGGAUUCGCUCCAAUGAGCAGAAAAAUGUCAUUCAGAUGAGAGCCACAAAAGAAAUGUUGAAAGAUUUGCAUGAUGAAGAAUUGUUCGAUUACUAUGCCACUUCUCAGUUAGUACUGGUUUCGUUGGUUGGGAUAGUGAAGCCAGUAGCUUCCCCUGCUAUAUAUACUUCCCUUAAUCCUUCACCAGAUGAAAAGUACUUGAUGCUUGCCUCUGUUCACAAGCCAUAUUCUUCUAUAGUUGCGUAUAAAAGGUUCCCCAAGAAGGUUGAGUUAUGGACAGUUCAUGGCAGAUUUGUCCGUGAAGUUUGUGAUCUACCCCUUGCUGAAAAUAUUCCAAUUGCAGCCAACAGCGUCCGUAGGGGAAAACGUUUAAUCAGGUGGAGGCCUGACAUGCCUUCAACAUUAUAUUGGGUGGAGGCACAGGAUGGAGGAGAUGCAAACGUUGAAGUCUCACCACGUGAUAUAGUUUACAUGGAACCUGCCGAGCCUUUAAAUGGCGAGAAACCUCAUGUCCUGCUUAAACUUGACCUUCGGUAUAGAAGGAUCUCUUGGUGCUAUGGAUUGCAUGCACUGGUAUAUGAAUAUUGGCAGAAGACACGCAGAACAAGAACAUGGGUUAUCUCUCCUGAUUUCAAUGAUUUUAGCCCACGAUUAUUAUUUGAUAGAUCUUCUGAAGAUGCUUACUCAAGUCCAGGUUCUCCAAUGAUGUGCAGAACACCCACAGGCACUCUUGUCAUUGCAAAAGUUAAGACAGGCUAUGAAGGGACCUAUAUCCUAAUGAAGGGACAGGGUGCGACACCAAAAGGAAGCGUCCCUUUUCUUGAUCUCUUAAACAUAACUACGGGAGCGAAAGAGCGGAUAUGGGAAAGUGGCGAAGACAAGUACUAUGAAUCUGUUCUUGCACUGAUGUCAUACCAUCCUAAAUGUGAAAUCCAGCUAAAUGAACUAAAAUUUCUCAUAUCGAAAGAGUCGAGGAGAGAAGCUACCCAAUAUUAUGUUAGUAUCUGGCCUGAUAAAAAGAAAGUCCAGAUUACUAGUUAUCCCCAUCCAUAUCCUCAGCUGGCAUCAUUGCAGAGAGAAAUAAUUAGAUACGAGCGAGAUGAUGGUGUUAAACUUACAGCUACAUUAUAUCUGCCUCCAGGCUAUAAUCCAUCGAAAGACGGGCCUCUUGCAUGCUUGAUUUGGUCUUAUCCUGGAGACUUUAAAAGCAGAGAGGCUGCUGGGCAAGUCCGCCGUUCACCCAAUAAAUUUGCACGCAUUAACAACAGUUUUCCUCUUCUUUGGUUAGCUAGAGGGUUUGCAAUUUUGGCUGACCCGACAAUCCCUAUAAUUGGUGAAGGAGACCAGGAGGCAAAUGAUAGGUACAUUGAGCAGUUGAUUGCCAGUGCGGAAGCAGCGGUAAAUGAAAUCAUAAGAAGAGGGGUUGCUCACCCUGAUAAAAUUGCUGUGGGCGGUCAUUCAUACGGUGCAUUUAUGACUGCUAACCUCUUGGCACAUGCGCCUCACCUUUUCUGCUGCGGAAUUGCUCGCUCCGGAGCCUACAACAGGACAUUGACUCCAUUUGGCUUUCAGAAAGAGGUGAGAACGCUCUGGGAGGCUACCGAUACAUAUAUUAAGAUGAGCCCUUUCAUGUUAGCUAACAAAAUCAAGAAACCAAUUCUACUGAUACAUGGAGAAGAAGACAGCAAAGUAACAACAGCAAUGCAGUCAAGUCAAUUUUAUAAUGCUUUGAAAGGGCAUGGGGUGCCAUGCCGUCUUGUGAUUCUCCCAUUCGAGGGGCACCGGUAUGCUGCAAGGGAAAGUGUUAUGCAUGUAAUUUGGGAGACUGAUAGGUGGCUGCAGAAAUAUUGUGCAAGUAAUUCUAGGAGCACCCAGAUUAUCGAAUCGAGUGGUACAGAGGGAGUAGUCUGGAGAAAGACAAAUGGUGGUCUGAAGUCUCCGAGACGUCAGAAACAUCUCCGUGUCAUAGUCUUGCAAGACUUGUGCAGGCCACAAGCCUCUCCAUCUGUUGUGUCCAUACAAGCAACACCCAUACCAUUCUGGUACGUCUCCUUCCCCAAGACCCCUACUUGCAACUUGGCGAGUGGAGAAUUCUAUCAGGUCACAGCAGAAGGCCAAGACAGCAACUGCCAUGGCCUCAUCCGGCGAGGCGAGAAGGCUCUGCGUGUUGCCCCUAUCUUGUUCUCCAGAAUACAAUGCCUUCAUCUGAGCUAGAGCUGUCCACGCACCCCAUUCAUCGCCGAAAGUCGCAGCGACCGGCUGUGAUCAACGCAGAAUAUUUCCGCCUGUUUCGAUCCUUUCAUCUAAAGGCUCCAUUCAGCCAGGGUGCGAGCGAACGGCUGCGACGACGCCUGAGCGAAAUAUCGGGAUGAUUGGCCCGUUUUUGAGUGUGUGGGCAAAGUCAACAAGCCCAAAUGGUUCCGGUAUGGGCACCUUUAGCGCCCGUCUUUUUUGGGUGCCUUCCAAUGAUUCCCAAGGGCCAAGAAGCCAAGCUUGGGCCUAGGAGCAACCACUUGCAGAUCGGAUGGCUGUUACUGUCUUACAGUGGCAAGCAAAAGGAGAGGCGGCGAGAAGACGGGGAAACGCAGCGGCAAGCAAGCGACCGAGAAAGCAACCCUAGACCGGUAGGUGCCGGAAUUCAGAAAGCUCCGGGGGCACACGCUAAUUUCACCCCGAGUUGUCGCGUUUUCGCCUCCAUUUGUAGCCUCCUGUUUGAUUCAGACCAAUCACUGCCAGAAUAAAAGGUAGUUGAUCAUAGCAUUUGGUGCAUCGCUUGACUAUCGUGACAUGAGAUUGUUUUUUUGCCAAAAUCAGCGACUCACAGCCAGCCAGGGUAGUUGCCAGUUGCCUUCACUGGCACUCUAUUAUUGUUAGCCUGAAACUGAGACAUUUGGACGUGUUGCUGUCACUUAAUCUAUUUGGCACUGUUAAUUCA